AUGGGAGGCCGCUGCUCCAGAUUCUCCCUCUGCUGGUUCACCUCCCACCUUAAACCCUCCGUCCUCGAAUCCUCCGAACUCGAGAAUGGGGGCAAAAGUGACAAAAACUUGUGGCCGAGCUUCACUGAAUUCAACCUGGAUCAACUGAAAACCGCCACGUGUGGCUUCUCCUCCGACAACAUAGUCUCGGAGCACGGGGAAAAAGCUCCAAAUGUUGUCUACAAGGGAAAGCUCGAUAACGGCCGUUUGGUCGCCGUCAAGCGAUUCAACAAGCUGGCCUGGCCCGACUCUCGCCAGUUCCUGGAGGAAGCGAGAUCGGUGGGGACGCUGAGGAGCGAGAGAUUGGCGAAUCUGAUCGGAUGCUGCUGCGAAGGAGAUGAGAGGCUGCUUGUAGCGGAGUUCAUGGCUCAUGAGACUCUGGCCAAGCAUCUGUUUCACUGGGAGAGCCAGCCCAUGAGAUGGGCUAUGAGGUUGAGGGUGGCUCUGUAUUUGGCUCAAGCUCUAGACUAUUGCAGUGGCAAAGGUCGUGCUCUGUAUCAUGAUCUCAAUGCCUACCGGGUCUUGUUUGAUCAGGACGGUAAUCCCAGGCUGUCAUGCUUUGGCCUCAUGAAGAACAGCAGGGAUGGCAAGAGUUACAGCACUAACCUGGCUUUCACUCCUCCUGAGUACCUCAGGACAGGUAGGGUGACACAAGAAAGUGUAGUUUACAGCUUUGGAACCUUAUUGCUGGAUCUUCUAAGUGGCAAACAUAUUCCCCCCAGCCAUGCACUAGAUCUAAUUCGUGGCAAGAAUUUCCUGAUGCUGAUGGACUCUGCUCUGGAGGGUAAUUUCUCAAAUGAUGAUGGAACUGAGUUAGUACGCUUAGCUUCACGCUGUCUGCAAUAUGAAGCUCGUGAGAGGCCAAAUGCAAAGUCCAUCGUCACUGCUCUCAUGUCACUUCAGAAAGAAACAGAGGUUGCAUCACAUGUUUUGAUGGGUAUCCCACAUGAAACCACAUCCUCGACGCAGCCAUUGGCAUUAACACCUUUUGGAGAAGCUUGUUCGAGAAUGGAUCUCACUGCCAUACAUGAAAUAUUGGAGAAGAAUGGAUACAAGGAUGAUGAGGGGAUUGCUAAUGAGCUUUCUUUCCAGCUGUGGACUAAUCAAAUGCAGGAGACCUUGAAUUCUAAGAAGAGUGGAGAUUCCGCUUUUCGAGCUAAAGAGUUUGCCACUGCAAUUGAUUCCUAUACACAAUUCAUUGAUGGCGGGACAAUGGUAUCACCCACGGUGUAUGCUCGGCGUUGCCUAUCUUACCUGAUGAGUGACAUGGCACAAGAAGCUCUGGGGGAUGCUAUGCAAGCCCAGGUGGUUUCUCCUGAGUGGCCUACUGCUUUAUAUCUUCAAGCAGCUUGCCUCUUCAGCCUUGGCAUGGAUAAUGAUGCACAAGAAACACUCAAAGAUGGCACAAAUUUGGAAGCCAAAAAGAACAAAACUUGA